GAGCAGAAACUACCAGCAUAUACAUACAUAUACAUAGCCAUACACGCACGCUGGCCUCAGUCGUCGCUAGCUAGCUAGACCAUUGUGUGAUCACUGGUUGAAUGGACCACGAGCUGUGGCCUUCUGGGCUAAGAGUCCUGGUUAUCGAUAACAACUCUUCGUACCUGAAGGUUAUGGAAGAACUACUUAUCAAGUGCAGCUACAAGGUUACAAUAUAUAAUAAUGUUAGAGAAGCAAUGUCCUCCAUCUAUGGCAACCAGCAAACUGUUGACCUCAUCAUUUGCGAUUUGUUCUUUCCAACUGAAGACAGCUUACUCAUUCUGCAAGAAGUCACCUCAAAGUUCGACAUCCCUACCAUAAUAAUGUCUUCAAACGGAGAUACGAGCACAGUGAUGAAGUGCAUCACCAACGGGGCUUCCGAUUUCCUGAUAAAGCCUCCGAGGAUUGAAGAACUGAAGAACAUCUGGCAGCAUGUGUUCCGGAAGCAAAUUUUUGGGGCGGAGCACAGGAAGUGCAGCAAUGCUCAACAACAUGUCGAUCAUCAGCUGUCAUAUCGAGCCAUGGGAAUCACUGAAGAAGCCACGGCGACGUUGGACAGUGAGAUAAGAGGGAACAACGGGACGGUCACAGAUAUACGGGACCUCAGGAAGUCAAGGCUCAGCUGGACUAUGCAGCUGCACCGCCAAUUCAUUGCAGCUGUGAAUUCCCUGGGAGCAGACAAGGCAGUUCCAAAGAAGAUACUGGAGAUAAUGAAGGUUAAACAUUUGACAAGAGAGCAAGUCGCAAGCCACCUGCAGAAAUACAGGCUUCACCUAAGAAAUUCAACUCAAGCAUUGCACAAAGAUGACAGGCCUUCAUCGUCGGGGUAUCCCAAUAAUGAAUCAAGCAUUCUCAGAACCCAACUCAACAGUUCUUCGAAUUCAUUGUAUUUUGAUCAAGAUGGAUGCAUGGAGAUCACAGACUACUCUUUGCCCAAGGACGACCUCUCAAGUGGCUCAGAAUGUAUUCUGGGAGAACGAAACAACUACUCACCCGAAUGUUUUCAGGAUUUUAGAUGGGAUUCAGAAAAACAGGGAUCUGAAACAACAACAUAUCUAUGGAACUUUGAGGCAGAGUGAUUCUAUCACUAACAGCGUGCCUGCCAGGAACAGUAGUAACACCAUAAGUAAUAAGCAUACAAUGUGCCUGUGUACAGAAGUACAUCCUGAAUAAUAGCCGAGAGCCACUUUUAUCUCCCCAGAAGUAUAUGGGUAUUGCAUUGCUAUGUCUGUAGAUAUAGUUCGGCACACUGGAAUAAUGAUCAACUCAUUUUGUCUUCACUGCGCUACAACAGAGCCCGGCACUUGAAAAUAUUUGUUGUUAUCUGUCCGAUAGUUUUGUUGUUGAGAUAUUUGUUUCUCAACAAA